AUGAUGAUUGACAACACAGCCAUGAUAGAGGGUAUGCAGAACUUGCUAAUGCUUCAGAAGCAACAGCAGGAGCAACAACAUCUGAUGACACAGCAACACAUGAAUCGGCAGCAUCAACUUCAGCUUCAGCUGCAGCAGCAGCAGCAACAACAGCAACAACAGCAACAAAAUCAACAGCAGCAACAACAGCAGCAUCAACACCAAUCUCUAUUUCAGCAACCACAGCAACAGCAACCGCAGUCUGCCUUUGGUGAGAUUCCACGAAACGAUGAGAGCUCCGACAUGCAAAUCUCACCACUGCAAUCUAUGGAAUCCAUAACGACAAAUUCAAUGCUGCUACAACAAAUGCAUCGGCAACGCAAUCAAGAGAUGCAAAAUGCCAUCUUUUCUGAUCCCCUCUUUUCCAAUAACCUUAAUCACCACCUUCCUCAGAAUCCAGUAGCACCUACGCCGGCUACCAUACCGGAAGACUUGCGACUGGCCGCUGCUACCAUGGCAUCGAAUCGACACCUACAACAAAAGAUUCAGCAACAUCAGCAGUUUCAACAAACACGUCAGUCAGCACUUGGCAGUCUCUUUCCCAAUCUGUUCUCGCUGCAACCACAAACCGUCAACAGCAGCAACGAGCAUUCCAUCAAACAUUCCGCUUCGCGAGCCUCCCAAAGCAGUCUCGGCACCAUCAGUGUCAAUAACUCGGUUGGUAGCAUCGGAUCCUUGUCUAGACUCUUUUCCAUGGGAACUAUUUCAGGAAGUAUUGGAAGCAUGGCCCGACGUGGCUCGAGAGCCUUUCGAAAUACCUUUCAGGUGCCGUCUCCACGACUGACCAAGCAUACCAACACUGGUCUCAAGAAUGCCUCUUGGACCAUUACGGGACAACAACAGCAACAACAACAACAACAACAGAUACAACAGCAAAAUCAGAUACACCAGCAGCAGCAGCAAAGGCAACUACAACAACAACUACUAAAGAAGCCACAACCACAACCCAAAGCUGACACCUUUGCGGAAAACGGUAUGCUGGGUCCAUGGAGUGCUGCUUCGGCCGCACUCUUGGGAGACUUGGCCCUGACCAAUGAAGAAAAACAAAAGAAGAAUCGCAAAAAGCCAAAGGAUCGUCCCAAACGACCACUCAGUGCUUACAAUAUUUUCUUCAAGGAGGAACGAGCCCGCAUUCUAAAAGAAGUGGCGGCAUCCAAGGGGGAAGAUCCACAAGGCAAGAUUGGAUUUCAGAAUUUGGCCAAGUUGAUUGGAAAGCGAUGGCAAGAAUUGCCAGCCAACGAAAUGAUCUACUACAAAGAAAAGGCCGAAACCGACAUGGUGCGGUACAAGGAAGAAAUGGUAAACUAUGUCGCUUCGCAACGGGCGCAAGAUGAGGAAGUGACUUCCGAUUAA